AUGCUCGCCCAAAUCUUCGCUGUCGCUACCCUCGCGCUCGCUACGCUCUCCAACGCUGCGGCGCUACCCAAGCGUGCAGUCACUGUUGAUCCCGGGAAGUGGUACACGCUGUCCUGGGACGGCAUGCAGUACCUCGACUCGACGAACAGCGUGCUCAUGAUUCAACAGCACAACAGCUUCGACGACCUCGACAAGGGCACCGACAAGGGCGUCCGCUUCCGCUUCCCCGAUGGCCUCCCUGGCAAGAUCGUCUGCGAAGCCCACAAUGACCAUUUUGUCGGCCUCGCCGAGGGCUCCACGCCGGUUCUAAACCAGUUCGACACCUUUCAGAGCGAAGACCGCGCCGCGACCGCCGAGGCGGGCGACAAGGGCAUCAUCAUUCACUUUGGGGACAGCUACUACGGUCGCACUAACGUCGACGGCAACCCAGUCUCAGAGAGCGAAGCGCAGGAGUGGGACGUCCGGGAGAUCUCGAUGGUCCCGCUUUGA